GUUAAUCUUGUCACAUGCCAAGUGCGAUGGGAAGGUCAAAUCUCUCUUUCUGCUUCCCCAGAUUAACAAAUGCAUUUGAUCUGAAAAGGUUUGCGAGCGCUCAAUGGAAAAUAAUAGAAUUUAUCUUCUUCUAGCAAUUUUAGGAAUACUGUUUCUUAGCUCCAAGAAGCUGGUUUCUGCAAAACUGCAUGACAGGUGAGUAUGUGCAAUUAUUGAACAUUUUGCUAACAUAUUGUUAUUAUAUUGUCAGCACCUUUGCUAGAUUGUAAGCUCAUUUUUAGCAGGGCUUCCCCCAACUCCUGUUUAUGUUCAGUUUAACUUUUUUUCCUCGUUUUAUUUUUAUUUAUUUUUUUACAUGCCUAUUGUACAGCCUUGUGGAAUAUGGUGGCGAUAUAGAAAUGCUACUCUUACUAAUUAUAUUAUUGUUAUAACUAUAAAAAAGACUGAACAUAUAAUUGAUUCUAAAUGAUCCUGGCCAGAAUAAAACGUAUUGGAUUCAGAGUAAUAUCUAAAUGAAGAAAGUUGAACCUUUUUAUAUUUUGUGUUUUCUAAAUACGUUAUUACAAUAUGAUGGUACAGUAUCGAAUAGUGACGGUUAUAUAGCAAAGGGAACUAAUGUAAUCAGCUCUUGAUUUAAUAGAAUUUCCCCAUAUAAAGUUUUGUUUAUUGCAGAAUGUUGUGGUGUCAUUGAUUGAUGAACUAUCCCAGCUGUGGAAGUUUCAGAGGCAUAUUCACUAAACUGUAAAUAAUAUAAUCCAUCAAGCAAUCAAUCUAGUUUAUGCUUCAGUAAAUUGACAUUGUUGUGGUUUUCGCUUGCUUAGACUUAGUUUAAAUUAGUGACAUUAUUAUUAUUUGCAAGUGCCAGUUACAUAAAAUAUCAUGAUUACAGCAGACAUAGUAGGAAUCAAAUCUCUGGAUAUAGGGCAGUACGAACAUGUGGCGAUUCUUCUAAUCUUCUAUUAAGAAGACUUUGGGUCAGUAACGCUGUAAGCCACAAUACGUUUAUACUUAUGCAUACAGCACAUAUUUAAUUAGCGGAGUAUUAGCCUGUUACAAAAUAGCUUGAUGCUAAAAAAAAAGAGAUACGUCGAAUGAACAUACAUGUGCAUCAAUAUGAUAUAUUUUUGUAAUUCUGUUUGAUGGAAUGUUUAAAGAGGAACUCUUGCUUUUCUCUUGGAUUUGUACUUCCUCUUUCACGUACUCUAUCGGGGUGCGAUGUACAACAGGCGUAAGUAUUAAACUCACUCCCACUGCACCUACAGGCGAUCGGUACCACUUUCUUUCGAAGAUGCUCCUUAUGCAACUUCUGUGUUUCUCUGGGCAUGCGCAUAUGGUCCUAUGAAUUUGCAUCUUAUGCCAGGCAAUGCCACUGCAGAUUUACAGUGAGUACAGAUCUAUAAUAAUUAAAUGGUUACUCCAACCCUUGUAAUAAAAAUGCCUUUUUACACUAUAAAUGCCCUAUGUGGAAUAACUAAUAGAUCCCCCCCAGCCCCCACUGUAAAACCUGUAAAUAAAAGUAUUUCAAUUUACCUUAAUGCAGCGCUGGGAGAAGCGCCCGACACCGAUCUUCCAUGUCUCAUUAUGACGUCACUCGUCACUCCCAAAGUCCAAUUUCAUAGGCUUCUCAUAGAUAACAUAUUAAAAGAAGUAAUUACAUUUUAGCUAUUAGUUGCGCGGGAGGUUGGGGGAGCCCACAGUGAUACGGAGAGGGGGUGCUCUUCUUGCAAGGUAGAAGAUUAUCACGUCUGUCGGCAGCGCGCAGUGCAUGCUGACGAAAGACGUAAAAUAUACACAGAAUUAACAUUAGGCAACUUGGAGAGUUCUUGGCUGGGGGUGCAAUUCCACUCCCCUCUCCCCUCCCCAGCACACAAUUAAAAAUUCCAAUGGAUAUGUUGUGUUUCAAUCACAAACACUGCACAUACAUGCUCCCACCACUAUGACCACUUCAAAUUACUGAAGUGGUCAUAGUUGUUCUAGUAACCCUUUAAAUAAUAAUGGAGGACAAUGUAAACACAUUAUAGCACAACUAAUAGCUAAAAUGUAAUUUGUUGUUUUAAUGUGUUCUUUGAAUAUGUCUGAAUGUGUUCUGUAUUUUUGUUAAUUGAUAAAAAUAAACUGUUCACAAUUUUAUUUAUGAAAGCACAUAUAUAAUAUACCACUAAUGCUGCAUAGCACAUCACGUUUACCUUUACUUACAGAGCCCUUGUUUACUUGUUUCUAAACAAUGAUUUGCUCAUUCAACCGGUUCUUUUUAUGACCUUGCUCCCCACCUCAUUCAUAAAAUAUUCACUCUCCCACUUACAUGACAUUUUACAUGCUUGGAACUCACUUUUACAUCCCACCCCCUCACCAUCUUCAUAUGCUCUCUCAAACCUCAUCUGUAGAUUAUCUUGCUUAUCUGAACUUUCAAUCAAUUCUAAUUGUCCUUCAUGUUUCACUGCUUCCUUCCAUUUUAGAUUUGGGCUGAACUGUCAAACCUGCUGCGUUGGCAUUUUUAUUUCUGCCAAUCUUUUUUUGUUGUUGUUAUUAUAGCAAAGCAAUAUGGAUCACUUAUGGAGGAACUGGAAUUCAUCAUGGAAUACAGAUGAUGUAGUAGGUGGUGCUGGGGUUAGUUUCUGGGCAUUCCUCUUGAGCUUGGUGUACUGUCGUGGUUGACAUGUUGGUGGACCAGGAGAAUGGAGAAAGAUACAUAUAGGUCUGUGUGAAUGUAAAUGCUUAACUGGAAGCAUGACAAGGUUCCAAAAAACUGGUUUCAUGAAACAAAGUUAUGGUGGGCAACAAAACUGAAAACAGUAACGUUUCGACCUACAAUGAGAUCUUUAUCAAGCUAACUCCAAAGGCACAUAAUUAACCACAGAUACAAGUGAAAUUGCAUACACUUAAUUAGUUGAAUGAACCAUACAAGGGACAAACAGGGGCCAAGAAGUAGCCUGAAAAUACACCACAGACAGUAUUAGUAGUAAAGUAUUAGAAUAUGCAGAAAUGUUAAAGGAGUCAGGAACACAAACGUGUAUUCCUGACCCUAUAGGGUUAAAACCAUCAUCUAGCCCCCCUGGGCCCCUCAUGCAUCCCUAAAAAUGGCAAAAUCUUACUUGUAUUCAAGUCUGGAGCUGCUUGCUCUGUCUCUUUUUUUCGUUAGACCUGCCCACUGCCUGCUGACAUCAGUAGAAGUGGUAGCCUGGUCCAAUCACAAUGCUUCCCCAUAGGAUUGGCUGAGACUGACAAAGAGGCAGAUGAGGGGCAGAGCCAGCAUCAUUCAAACACAGCCCUGGCCAAUCAGCAUCUCCUCAGAGAGAUUAAUUGAAUCAAUGAUUCUAUGAGGAAAGCUCAAUGUCUGCAUGCAGAGGGAGGAGAUACUGAAUGUUUGGAUGCAUUUUAGGCAGCCAUGACCCAUGCAGGAUCUCUAACAGCCAUCUGAGGAGUGGCCAGUGAAGUUAUCACUAGGCUGUAAUGUAAUUACUGCAUUUUCUCUGAAAAGACAGUGUUUACAGCAAAAAGCCUGAAGGUAAUGAUUCUACUCACCAGAACAAAUUCAAUAAGCUGUAGUUGUUCUGGUGACUAAAGUGUCCCUUUAAAGUAUUGUAAUAACUUUCAAAACUCUCAUAUAUACUAAAGAAACGUCUGCAUGAGCACAAGUAUAAAGUACACUCAGGCAAAUAUAAUGUAUAACAUAUACACAUAACAAAACUAUUAUCUUGCGUAAUAGGGUCACACUGUAGAUGAAAAACCAGAUAAAGUGAAAAGGUGCUUAGUGGCAAAAUAGUACUAGAGAUAUUAAUUAAAUUACUGCAUGUGAAAAUAAUACAAAAAUACUUAAUUGGAUCACAGGCCAAAAGAAAAAGUACUGUUGCUAAAACCUUAGGUAUCAAUUUUAAGUACAAGGACAGUUCAGUGAACUAAACUGAAAACAUGCUUAACAAACCAAACAAAAUGUAAAGUGCUAGUACCUAGUAUUUUGUACAUCCAACAAAUUGACUAUGCUCAUGCUGAUUUAAUAAAAUAAAUAUGAAUGUAAUAUCACUAGUAGAAAGUGCAAUAUACCACUACACCCACUUUAUUUGAGACUUUAUGUUAUCUAGGAAGGAGCUUAUUACGGACAUCUAUACUGAACUAUGCAAGACCUCUAAAGCUUGGUGUCCCCUGCGAUAUGUAGAACAAUGAGAGAGGGACCUCGGGUAAGAGAUUGAGGGUGAUGAGUGGCAGGAUAUGUGGGAGGCAGCGGCGAAGGUCUCCAUGUGUGUGAUUUCCCAGGAACAAAUGUACAAGGUCCCACUCAGGUGACACACCAUUCCAGUGCAGUUAUAUAGGAUGCGCGUAUGACCCACGGAUGAUUAUUGGUGUGGGAUGAGGGUAACAUAUGUGGUGGUUUUGCCCCACUCUGACACAGUUCUGGGGGGAUAUAAGAGUAUUGCUUAGGGAGGUCUUUCAAAAACCAUUCGAGCUGGAUCCCUGGCUUUUCUUGCUUUCCAAACCCCAGGAAGGUAUGACCCACAGAGAACAGAAAUGAUGUAACAGAAUAACUCUGGCAGCGAAACGAGUUGUUGCGGCACACUGGUUACAGCCCUCCCCACCACCGAUAGGAGAGGUCUGGGCAAAGGUAGAAAAAAAAUCAUCUAAUGGACCAAUUGACGGCAACCAUACAUAACACCCUCCGCUCGUUCUAUAAAAUAUGGGAACCCUGGCACAAGUAUACGGAUAAACUUUAAAUAGCCAUUUCUGUGCAAGGUAGAUUCAUCUAGGAUUCCUGUGGGGGGCACUACGACAUACUGGGAACAAAAACUAUACUUAGGGACUUACAUAUGGGAGAUGUCCUUGGAUAUGGGAGAUCUAGAGAGAGGUAGAGAUGGGGGGGGGGGAGGACUUUUGCCCCCUGUCCCAGUAAACAGAAAUUCUGAACCCCAACCCCCGGCAAGCCGAAAGCAAGGGGAAGGAAAGCAAUCUAGAGGUGAUAUUUACUCCCAGACACCCAGGACAGAGACCCUCACUAUGGCAGAUAAUGUUCACAUAGGAUACCUCACUGGUAUCCCUUGACUUCCCACUCCCUCCCUGCCCCCCCUCCCCCCUUCUUGUUAUACCUACAUGUUCACUUUUUCUUGUUCAUUGGUUGGGCCAGUACUUGUAGUUCCAUCAGCCGCAUAACUACCUACUAGCAAGUCUCUUAUUAUACGUGCAUACUCGUCAAUAGCAAGUGGGUACGGCAGUGCUGGUUAAAUGGUUACAACCACUUUUACACUAUUUUCAUAUAUAUAUAUAUAUAUAUAAAAACCUUGUCGUCAGAUAUACAACUGUUACUACCGCCGGUCGGAGACUAUGAUGUGAUACUGUGGUUACACAUGGGCUACCAUACCUUGCACUCUGUAGGAAAGUCGGAUGUUAUGGCCUUGUAGGGUAUUAUUAUUAUUUUAUUAUUUAUAUAGCACCAUCAGACUCUGUAGCGCUGUACAAUGGGUGAUAUGAUAUGUACCUUUUUUAUGGAAUUGUAUAGGACAGCAAUUUAAAUUAAAGAUUUUAAAAAAAAGAAAGUGCAAUAUACAUAACAUAUAUACAUAAGAAACUAUUAUCUUGCAUAAUAGGGACACUCUGUAGAUGAUAAACAAGCGAUAGAAAGUGCUUAGUGCCAAAAUAGUACUAUAGAAAUUGUUACAUUGAUAAACUGACAGGGGUCUCAAAACAUUUGUAUUUUUGCAGGCUCUUCUAAUAAAUAUAGGUUUCACAAGUGGACCUGAUUAAGUAAGCUGCACACUGUACUUUUUCUGAAGCAUGUCAGACUGUUCCCAUACAUAAGGGAGUCCGGAACAGAAAUGCCAGUAAGUUCUCUCUGCACAAGAGAUACGGCAACCCCAGAUGAUCAUUUCUGUCUUCUUUGGGCCUCGUCAGUGAGAUGUAGCUGAUACCCCUCUAGGCACAGUGAGCACGGGGUCCACGUCUGGAUUACCCUUUUAACUUGGGGUGAGCCAGGUUAAUGCAUUGCAACAAAAACAAUGAAUAUGAAAACUCUGAAAACAGAAAAAAGCUUAGAGAAACUCUAAGAGUAACUUGCCCUUUGGUAAAUCCCCACUCAGGUCUUAAAAUAGUUUUUGCUCGCUUGUGCCAUUAGAGAGAGAACAUAUUCUAAAGCAUAUCAGUCUGAUCCCACCCAUAAGGGAAGUCCAGAACCCAAACCGCACUCAUACAGUACAGAAUCUUGUCCAGUAUCACACAAAGUCUAAUUCACUGGUUGCUGCAAUUGUCAAAUUACUGUAUAUACUUUCUUUGCAAAGCUUUGUUUAGUGUUCUCUUGCAUGUUAUGGCUAACAUUGUCUAUCCUUACGUGGUUAGUCCUGUGUGUGUUCCCCAGGGGUCAAUUGCAGGGGAAAAAGUGAGGGAAUUCACCCAAAAUUUCCAACCACCCCAAGAUGAGUGUAAUGUCCUGUGUUCGUUUAGCAAAGCGCAAGCAAAUUUAAUGGCACUCACACUGCGUUUGCUGGUCUCUUGUCUAUGGUGUUCCCACAAGUGGGAUACCAAAUAGCAAAAUUGUACAGGAUUACAUGUAUGUGGAAGGAGAUUUUGUGGUGAAAUGUGUGUAAAGGGGUCUGUUUGUGAUGUACUUUGUAGAGUUAAGGGCUGUAGUUUGUGUCUGCGUACACAUGUUUAAGGGCUGUAGAGAUUGUGUAUAUGUAUACAGCCUGCAGUGUGUGAGUAUAUGUGUUUUGGGGUUGCGUUGUGUAUCAAGGAGCUGUACUGUGUAUGCACAUUUAUUGGGUUUGUAGAGUCUGUGUAUAGGAGUAAAGUCUGUAUAUAGGGGUCAAAUGUGUAUGUGUGUGGGGGUGAAGUGUGUAUGGAGGUGAAGUGGGAAAGUAUUGCAUGUGCAUGGGAAGGUGAACUGUGUGUAUAUGUUCAUGUGUACUAUGUGCGUGUACCUUGUAUAUACUGUGCGUGCGUGCGUGUGUGUGAAGGAGUGUGUACUGUGUGUGUGUAUGUAUGGAUAUACUGUGUAGGGGUUUUUGGGAGUGGGAUAGGGAGGGGAAUUACUAUUUUCAUAUUAAUUAUUUUAAAAAUAUAUUGCAGGGUAAGAACAGGGAGGGUGGCAUUCAGAUCCCUUGUGGUAGAGGCUACUCUCUUGGAGCUCCAUCACUUAUGUAUGUUGUCAGUUUCAGCAACGCUAUGAAACUGUAAAUGCAGGAUCUCAUGAAAGAUAUUAGAUGUGGAGGUGCAGGCUUCCUAACAUUGCCAACAAUUGGACACUUUCCUCUGGAAAUCACAUAUAGAUUAGUAAGUAACACUAGUUAGUGUGCCAGCAUUUCAGGCCUGGACUGCCCUUAUGGACAGGAUCAGACUAAUAUGCAGGUGCCAGUUAAUCUCCCCUGCCAAAUCAUCCUCAGCUACAGGGCGACUUUCCAUCUGAUUGAAGAACUAAAUCCCUGGAGUACUCAGAUACUAGAUAGGCUUUAAAGGACCACUCUAGGCACCCAGACCACUUCAGCUUAAUGAAGUGGUCUGGGUGCCUGGUCACUCUAGGAUUAACCCAUUUUUUUAUAAACAUAGCAGUUUCAGAGAAACUGCUAUGUUUCUUAAUGGGUUAAUCCAGCCCUCAAAUCCUCUAGUGGCUGUCUCAUUGACAGCCACUAGAGGCGCUUGUGUGAUUCUCACUGUGAAAAUCACAGUGAGAGCACGCAAGCGUCCAUAGGAAAGCAUUGUAAAUGCUUUCCUAUGAGACCGGCUGAAUGCGCGUGCAGCUCUUGCCGCGCGUGCGCAAUCAGCCGAAUGGGAGGAGAGGAGGAGGAUCGGAUGAGGAGAGCUCCCCGCCCGGCGCUGGAAAAAGGUAAGUUUUAACCCCUUUCCUUUCCCCAGAGCCCGGCGGGAGGGGGUCCCUGAGGGUGAGGGCACCCUCAGGGCACUAUAGUGCCAGGAAAACGAGUAUGUUUUCCUGGCACUAUAGUGGUCCUUUAAUAAAGGAAAAUCAUCAUAAAUUUCUCAACAAACUUGACACUAGAAUUAUCCUGGUUGGGACAGGUAAACGCUAUCGAAAUGAUGGUACUGCCCAAAAUGUUAUAAUUGUUCCACACAUUUGCUAUAGCCUUACCAAAUACAAUUUUGAAAAAGUCUAAAAUUCUCCUACCCAAACAUGUCUGGAAACGCAGACCGACCACAGGUGUCGCAUGGGUCAAUGAAAUUGAUGAUGAAAUCAGGGAUCUUGGGAGUUCAAAAUCUGAAGUAUUACUACCUAACUAAAGCCAGUUGAUUUUAAUGCUACCUAGGAGAAACUCUCCAUUAGAAAAUGUGUAUACAUCUCCACAUAUCUUGCAACAGCUUGUCUGAGUGGUAAAACACCUGCAUCCUCUCUGCCACCAUCGAUUGCUACAGGCACCUUUAUUUUCACUCCAGCUGUGGCACAAGUAGGCUAACUCAUCCCUUAUGUAAUAGCCCUGCUUUCUGUACUGUGUCUUCUCACCCCCAACCUUUCGCAUGCAUCCUGGGCCAAUAGUGAAUAGACCCAAAUCGCCCAACUCUUUAAGCUGGCAGGGGUCAAACAGUUCCCUGAUAUUUAAUCUGAAUUUUCCCUCCCCUCUAGAGAAAUUGUUCAUAUACAUGUGAAUUAUACUCAUUCUCUCCUGUCAACACAUGACAUGAAUCACCUCUGUCUAAUCCACAAAUGGAACAUAGGGUAAAGUUUAUUUGCACAACUCCUUUCUGUAGCCAACUCCUAACUUAUACAACUACAGGUCCCUGAGAGGUUAUCUUAUAUGCAAGGUUAGGCAGUUGAGCUAGGGAAAACAUUUGAUGCUGCACAAUGUCAAAAGUAUUAUUGAACAUGCGGGCCUGCGGGGGGCUGUCUCGGAGAAGGGCCAGCCCAUGACAUUGUGCUGUCUGAGUUCAAGGAUGAAAUGCUGCCCCCCGAUAAAAAACACUCCCACCAAAAAAACACACUCAUAUACACACACACACACUCUAACUGAUUUGACACACACUCACUGACAGACACAUACCCUCACUGACAAAGACACACUCACUGACAGACACAUACACUCUCACUGACAGACACACACACUCUCUCUGACAGACACACACACACUCACUGACAGAUACAUACACACACACACACACACUCUCUCACUGACAAACACACACUCACUGACAGACACACACACUCUCACUGGUUUGGCACACCCAUGUACCCAUUCUCCGUACACACAUAUAACACUAUGACAUGACACACAGACACCUACAUGUACACUAAUAUGCCUCACACACACUCACACCUGCUGGUGUGGGGGAACUGUUUGUGGGAGGGUGACAGUAUGGGGAGCGCUGUUGGGAGCGAUAACAGUGUUGGGGUUGAGUGUGUUGGUGACAGUGUGGAGGGUGGGGCAGUGUGUGUGUUUUGGUGAUAGUAAGGGGGCAGUAUGUGGGAGGAUGACAGUGUGGAUGGACAGUGUGUGUGUUGGUGACAGUGUUGGGGGGCAGUGUGUGGGAGGGUGAAAGUGCAGGGGGGCAGUGUUUCUGUUGGGGACAAUGAAGGCAAUUUGUGUGUGUUGGUGACAGUGUGGGAUGGCAGUGUGUGUGUGUUGGUGACAGUGUUGUGGGGUAGUGUGUGCUGGUGACAAUGGGGGGCAGUAUAUGGGAGGGUAAAAGUGCAGGGGGGUAGUGUGUGUGCUGGUGACAGUGGGGGCAAUGUGUGUGUUGGUGACAGUGUGGGGCGGUAGUGUGUGUGUUGGUGACAGUGUGUGGAGGAUGUUUUAGUGAUAAGACUCCCCACAUUGAAAUACCUUUAUUUUUAAAGCAAUACAUUUCCUGGUGCAGAACUGCAGACCAUGUGAUGCGAGCACCCAGGGCAUAGCCAUAGUAACCAAUGGUAACACUUUGGGAGCUCACGAGACCUCUACAUGGUCAGCAGCCCUGCACCCUGCGGAGCUGCAGAGCGGAGGCACAUGGGCAGACUGAUUGGAGGGGCCCUGAACCCGGCAGCAUAUAGGGCAAACUGCCAGGCCCCCUCUUGGUGUUGGGCCAGUGGUCACAGACUGAGGACCUAACAGGUCAGUCUGACCUAAGGUUAUUUAGGUGACCCCGCUAACACAGUCAGCAUGAGUACUUAGGCGGGCACCUAAAUCGCCUAAUAAGAGAGCGGGCUCUGGCUGUUAAAUAAUGACAGGGGCAGCAAAAUUUUGGAAACCGUACCCACAUUUUUUUGGUCAUGCUCUCUCCUCUUGUCCUUGUGUCCUUGUGGAACUUCCCUGCUUACAGCACACUACCUACUGGAUAUGCUUCCAUACAUCUAACGGGGCGCCUUGAGAAUUCUGGUUAUGCAUUUCAUAAUUUCAGCCAAAUUGUGUAUAGUUUCUGCUUGGAAAUCUACUAUACCUACUGCUAUCCUCAUAGUCAGAGGCGGCUCUCUAAUCAGGCGAAGGCCUCGCACGGUCUGGGGCCUCGCAGCUGCCUAAAUCGCCAUAGGGCAGAUUGACACGUCAGGUCUUCGGUCUAUGACCGAGGGCCCGACACAAGAGAGUGCCCAGCGGCUUGCCUGUAAUGCCGUGGGUUGUGAGGCCCCUCCAGUCAGCCUGCUCGGGAGAGAGCCAGCCUUCAGUCUGCAGCUCUGUCGGAUUCAGAGCUGCAGACUGAGGUGUCUCGCGAUUACCAACCAUUACAGCAACGCUCUGACUGGAGAUCGCGAGACUUACCAUGUGGUCUGCAGCUCUGCACUUGGCAGAGCUGCAGACCGGAUAGGGAGCCCACUGGACCACCAGGGAUACAGCCUGCCCACCUGGCCACCAGGUAUACAGCCUGCCCACCGGACCACCAGGGAAUCAAUAUAAUAAAAAUAUAUUUAUGACGCCCUGCCCUGUCACAGUCUCAGCUCCCCACCACCCCCUACCUGUCACAGCCCCCCUACCAUCCCCUACCCUGUCAUAGCCCCCCUAGUUCCCCCUGCCAUGUCACAGCCCCACUGUCCUGUCACAGCUCCCCUACAACCCCCUGCCCUGUCACAGCUCCCCUACCACUUCCUGCCCUGUCACAGCCCCCUAUUAUCCAAUGCCCUGUCACAACCCCCCUAUCACUCCCUGCCCUGUCACAUCCCUCCUACCACCCCGUGCCUUGUAACAACCCCUGUAUUACCCCCUGCCCUGUCACAGCCCUCCUACCCAGUCACAGCCCCCACCACGACCUGUCACCACACACCCACCCUAUCACAGCCACUCCACACACACACAUGUGCUGUCACAGCCUUCCUCCACACACCUUGUCAUCCCCCACCCAUACCCUAUCAUUACCAUACAAACCCUUCACACACACACUGUCACCCCCUACACGAUCACCAUUCCCAAACACUUUCAGUCCCUUCACACUGUCAACCCCUACACCUAGCCAAACUCACAUUAACCCCUCCUAAUCCUGUCACUCUCACCCCUCCAACCAUAUCAAACUCACCAACCCUUGCUUUGCCACAAUUACCAUAUCACAUUAAUCUCCUUCUCAAUCCUGUCAGACUCACCUUCUCUUGAACUGUCCCACUCACCCCCUUCACCCUGCCACACUCACCCUACCACAUAAAACCUUACAAUCCGGUCCUCCAACUGUGCCACACUCACCCAAACCUUGUCACACACAGGUAAACAAUGCCAGAUACACUCAGAAAUAUGUUACUAUGUCACCAUACCCCGCAGUCGUGUAUAAACAAUUAGCAUAAUUGCUAAUUACAUUUUUUUUUUUGUAAAUUAAUUUAGUUUGCAAAUUGUGCCAUAACUACAGUCAGAGAGUUCACAAUGCUGCAGCACAGGCAGCCGCUACACUGCAAGCCUCUGAACAAUGAAUACAGAGACUAGCUCUCUGUAUCCAGCUCUGCAAGCUUGUCCUUCAAUACAACUGCAACAGUUUAUACACUCAAUGCAACCCCUAUUUAAUUUUUUACUUUGGGUGUUACUGAGGGCCUCAUGUUUAAGCCUCACAAAGUCUAGAACGGCCACUGCUCAUAGUCAUUGUAUUUGUGUACUUACUGACAUUGUUUAACCUUUGUGUUUGUAGCUCUGCUUAAUGUUUCAUCUGUCAUUCACAUCUUGUAUGUAUUUUAUACAAGGUAUAAUUUCAUAUAAAUUCAUACAUUGAAAAAAAGUGAACUGUGAAAGCCAGGUGAAUGCAAAGAUGCCAGAAGUUCCUAUAGGAUAUUAGGCGGAAAAUAUGAAAUGUAUCACUUUUGCUGUUUUAUUAGCCAUCACUCACAAUAGAAUGGUCCAAGCAUGUCUAGAAAUACCAGCUGGCAUAGUACCAUGACUUUCAGGAAUGUUGCUUUGGGGCAUUACACGAGAUGAGCACCGUUUACCUCCUCAGUGAGUAAUACUACCUGAUAAGAGGACUUGACACAUAAUAACACCAAUAAGCUUUUCUAACCAGAUUCUGCUUAGUGAUUAGGCCUCCGGUGAUUUACCUAAGCCACUUUUCCUGAUUCUGUCGGCUAAUGCAAUUUACAUUCACGAUGAUCCCCUUUACUGUACAAAAUCCCUUUACAAUUUGUUUUUCGCAAAUUAAAGCACAGUGAUGCAUAAUAAUGGAUAUGGAUUUUAAAAAUGGUGUGAGACGUCUACUGUAGCUGUUUUAAAACCAAAGAAAUAUUAGUGCCACAUGUGAAAAAUGUAUGUUUUAUUCAAAUUGCCAGUGAUUGCUUAUGGUAUUUUUAAAGUUAUUUUUUGUUUUAUACAAUAAUAUGCUAGGCUUGUUUGUUUCUCUAUUCCACAUGUGAAAAAACUGAGUAAAUGUAAAAGUUGAGCUUGCUCUAAACCCUCUGACAUUUGAAAUAUUGAUACCUUAAUAAUGACUAAAAAAAAUAUUCAAAAACUUCCACAGUUUGUGUGUUUGUCUGCAGUGUGCAUCUGUGUGUUUGUCAGCGUUCAUCUGUGUUUGUGUGUCUGGUAUUAUGUAUUUUUGUAUAAGAGUAUGUAUUUGUAUUUGUGUCUGGUAGUGUUUAUCUGCAUAUAUGCCUGACAUUAUAUGUGUGUUAGAGUUUUUGUAUCUUUUAGUAGGUAUGUCUGUGUAUGUGUCUUGUUGAUCUGUGUGGAGUGUCUGUGUGUGUCUAGCAGUUUUGCAUCUGUCUGUCUGUGUGUGUGUGUGUGUGUGUGUGUCUGUGGCACUAUGUAUAUUUGUGUAUCGUGUAGUGUGUAUCUGCAUAUAUGGCUGGCAGUACAUGUGUGUAAGAGUUUGUAUCUUAUACUGUGUAUGUCUUGCUGAUCAAAUCUGUUUUGGGUCAAAUUUUUAAUAACUGUGGAGUAGAUUGAUAUAUUUGAAUCUCCAAAUUUCUCAACUGAGUUGGCAGGUGCAGAGGAAAAGUGCUUUGGGUGCUUGUAAAGGGAUUAUACCCAAAUACUCUAUCUAUUCACCAUAACCAAUCCAAUAUGCUGUAAUGGUUGGAAUGCUUAGUGUCCCUUUAAAUGCAAUUAUUAUUACAUUUAUUUAUAGAGCAACACCAUGUUUCACAGCACUAACCGAGUUGUGAAUUAAAAAAAUAAAAAAAUGAUGACAAGCAAAUUAGGUUGAUCGAAUCAAGGGGGGAGGAAGUCCCUGCUCUAUGAAGAUUACAAUCAGGAGAAUAAUUCACUUCUAAUCCUAAGCAAUCUGAGAAACAAAUUAGCAUCACAUGCAGUAUCUAUAAAAGUCAAUGUCACAAAUUGGAUUGCAACAAAUGUGUCACUAUGUGGAACUAUGACACAUAUGUGUUAUCUUCUAAUGAGUGAUGUUCUGAAUUCUGUCUUCUAGAUUUCGGAAUUCUUAAAAACACGAAUGCAAGAAUGCUAACAUGAUAUUACUAAUAAAUAAUUUUUUUCUUAUUUUUGUUCUUUUCAGCUAUAAUUCACAAAAACCUUCUGGAGAACAUGUAGUCUUGCACUAUGGUAAGCUGUUCUUUUUUCCAUUAGAAGUCUCUUUAUUUAUGUGGGCAGUGCCAACAGCUUAGUACCCUACUCCAACAGUGAGCUGUGCAUGCUGUGAAUAUCACACAUGACUUAAAUUAGAUUAGGAAGAACAUUAAUGAAAUAAAUAAAUAAAUAAAUCUUACCUUGGAAGAUUCUGAAACUGUACAAUUUAGACAUUCUGUGCCCAGGCCGAAUGUAGAUACAGAUUCCAUGACAGGAGAGCUGGGUAUAUGAAAGCAGAACAGGUACGAAAUCAUGAAAUAAGUACGAAGGAGAGUUAAUUAAACAUAUUUUCAAAACGAUUGAGAAUGGAGAGACACAGACAUGACUAAUACAUUUAUAUAUAGGUAUAGGAGAGAAAUUACAAGAGCAAGGACCUACUCCCUCUAGAGCAGGGGUUCCCAACCCAGUCCUCAAGUAACCCUACCAGUCCAGGAUUUACCCUGUUGUGUCUAAUGUGUUUUUUGUGUUUUUUCCUAAAAAUACCUUAGACACAACUGGGUAAUUCCUAAAUCCUGGACUGUUGGGGGGGUGGGGGUAAGGACUGGGUUGGGAACCACUGCUCUAGAGGAAGAUUAAAGUAACCAAAGUAGGAAAUAUAAAACUAUGCAAGAAAGCUCAAAAGUUAUGAGAGAGACUAAAUCCAGCAUUUAGCUGCUUCUUACAUAGUAACACAUUUACAUUUAGGAAAUUGUACAUAUAUUCUUAGUAGAAUAAUCUGGCUAGGGAUUUUAUUUGGGGAAUAAUGGACAACUAUGGCUGCAAUGUGGUGGAUUUGCAGAGAUUGGAGAUGGCUAUACUGUGUGACAAAUCCCAAUUUAAAUUUUUUUUUGGUUAAGGUUAGCAAGAAUGUUGUGCCUGUUUAAUUUGUUUUUUUCUCCUAUACUGUGUUAAUGCAAUGUUUAGAGUUAUUGAUGGCACAGUGGUGUUAUUUUUUGUAAAUUAAUUGGAUGGAUUAAACAUGUUCUAUUUCCUUUGCAGAUCAACCAAAUGAACACAGACAAUUCCAAAGCUAUGGACUAUAUAAAUCAGGGCUUAGGCAGGUGAGAUGAUUAUAAUUCAUGCUGCUUUUGAAAGCAAUUUUGUUACCCCCCCCCUCCCCACACUAAAAAACAAACAAAAAAAGUGUUUCUUAAAUACUCACUUUGACUGUGUUGAAGGAACUACUUUAUCUUAUGUAUUUUCUUGAAUAUACAUGAAAAUUUGAUGAAAAGGCAGAGACUUUUGUCAAGCUCUAAGCCUUCACUAGUGAUGGCUGAGGCGGAAAAGUCUUUAUUUAUGGAGGCUCCUGCUGUCUCAUGGUAUCUUCCAUAUACAUUGGUGUUGCAUGCGCAAGACUACUGACGUGGGCUCCUUCCAGAUGAAGCACCAGGAGUUGAAGAGGAUUCCGGUGAAGAAGAAAGUGGUGCCUGCAGGGGACAACUUCAGGUAAGUAAAAUUUCCCUGCACCCACAGCCUCCUCACUGCAAGCAACAAAGUCACCCAAAUACACCAGAAAGAGACAGAGUUACUUUAAGUAUUGUUCUAAUUUGGGUAAAUAUAAAUAUUUUUAUUACAUCAACUAAAUAAUAGACUUAAAAAUGAAAAGUAGAAUUCUUACGUGUUUCAAUUAAUAUAUUCUGCUUCUGUAGUAGGUUGUAAAUAAGAACAUUGGAUAGGCAUGAUAGACAUGUGCCAGGUGUGCCCUGUCACAACUUAAUGCAAUACGAAAAUUUCCUCGCAUUUAUAUCUCUACCUGCACUUUGCAUCACCUUUAGUCAACUCAUUAUCUGUUGUAAAUAGACCAUGAAAAUUACACUUGGUUAAAAAUAUAGAAAAAUAAUUUUGUGACUAAUUUUAUAAUUUACUAAUUUUUUUUAGAGCUGUGAUUGCACAUAACCUUUCAUUAAGGGGUAGCCACACAGUAAAAAUCUCAACAACUCAGCCUAAAAGUUGACUGAAUAUUAUAGUGACCAUAAACAAAAAUAUCUUACUCACAAAAAUGUUGCCAUCCAAUGACCCCUUAUCUUCAUCUUCUACCCUUUGGAACAGACUUCGAGAUGCUUAACACGGUUGAGUAACUAUCUGCACUUUGUGUAGAAUUGUGCACAAAGUGAUACACAACUGUUUUAUUGAAGUAUACAGAGAACACACAAACUCAACCAAUGCAAUUGCCAUUGUCAUGCUUAAAAAAACAAAAAAAAACACCUUGUUGUUUAGCACUUUGUGUACAAUUCUGCAUUCCAAGAAGCGCUUCUUUCAUUUUUUUCUGCUUUGGGUUUAAUAUUUGUCCUCCUGCAUAAACAACAUGAGCUUGGGAUGACAACAGCACAGAAAUAUUCUCCUUUAUCGGUUCUAUAAGUUCCUAAUAUUAAACUCCUCUGUGGCCUUGUGUAAUAAAAAAAAGUGGAGCCCUGCUCACCCUUUUAAUGAUAGAUUUCCCUCUUUUGGUUCGAUACCAUUUUUUCUUUGUAGAUGUAAACAAAGCCUUAGAUUGUGCAUAAAGAAAAAUAAUUGAUAUAUUUUAAGAAAAUCCAUUACGUACUCAUUUUUCUACCUUCACUUUUCUUUGGUGCAGAGAGGGGGCUACAGUAUAGAAAGGAAAGACUCGCUGGCCGAAGAAACCGUAUCUGAAAAGACAUCUUACUGUCCUAUCAAUGUCACAGAAAAUGGUAACACAUGUCUACUCUUUGGAUUUAAAAGGAUAUUGAUAACAUUUAAAAAUCAGACUCAACUGGACCUGACUGAUAAAAAUACUGCUCUAUUUAAUGCUAUGGAUAAUGAGAAAUCACAGUGCAACGAAGAAAAUGCUACGUAAGUAAGAUGUAUUUCCUGUACGUAAUGCUUAGUGUUGCAUAUAUCAUUCUGGUGUAAUAAUGUGCAAUUUCACCACUAGGAACACAACCAUGGCCUCAAUUUAAUAUUUUUGGAUAAUCUUUUAAAAUAAUAUAGUAUUUUUGAGUACACAUUUAAAAUUAUUUAACCCCUUAAGGACUGAGGAUGGUUCAGGAUUGUCAUCGGCAUUUUCCCAUUGCCGACCGCUGACGGUCCUGAACCAUCCGAACGGUCCUAGUUACUUACCUGAUCGCCGUCGUUCCCCCAGCGGCGAUCAGCGUUGCUCCCGGUGUGGGGAGACUGCCUGCAGCCCACACAGUCUCCCCACGGUGGAUUAGGACCCCUGGGGCCAUGUGAUCGCUUAACACAGCGAUCACAUGGUCACAAUAGGUGUCCAAGUGUCUGCCUGCAGGGGGACUGCCUGUGCUGACAGGCAGUCUCCCUGCUAGUGUAAAAUCAUUAAAAAAAAUAAAGUUAGUGUUAAUAAAAAAUAAAAAAAAUUAUAUAUGUGUGUAUAUAUAUAUAUGUGUAUAUAUAUAUAUAUAUAAUCUUGAAAAGUCCCGCACUCAAUUUGCCGGUCUUGUACUUGCCUCGGUGCUGCCUCAGCCGUGAUAAAUAUCCAUAAAAAACGAGUGCACUCCAGAGGUCUUCCUUAGAAAAAAUACAUUAGGUUUAUUACAAAAACGUGUAGAAUAUACAACAUGAUCUAGUUGACGUUUCAGUCCACGAAGGACUUUUAUCAAGACAGUGAAAAGCGGGAAUUGUGAAAAUUUAAAUAUAGUGAAGACAGAUUCUGAUUGGAGAGUAACCAGAGAAAAAAGUGACGUCAUAGGUGAGAUGUGAAAGUUGAAAGGGCAUAGCCCCAAGAAAAGAUAUAAACCAGUAAACUAUAAACUGGUAAAAGAACAUAUAUCAUAAACUGACAAUACAGUACACAGACAGCCGAGGUGGAACAAAUCCAACAGCUCAGGUGCCAUGUAAAAACCAGGAUAUAUAUAGAAAAACAGGAACGCCGCCCAAGGUACAAAUCUACUAAACAUCUAAAUAAUAUAUACAUAUGCAAACCAACCUUCAGCUAGGGAGGCAAAGUCCUGUGGAAGAAUUUAGAGAGGAAACAUGUAUAAAAAUAUACAUAGUCACAUCAGAAAGAAAGUGAACAAAAGAUAUCAAAUUCUGAGUACACAAGAUACGAAGCAUAUGUAGCAAAUAGAGGUAAAGAAGCAUCUGUAGCCAAUCUAUUAAAAAAUCGAGCGAAUGCUAACAUUGUAUGUCAAUCAAAUAGCGAAAAAAUAGCGAAAAAAAUAACAUAAUAACGAAACAAAUAACACUAUCUUGCUGAAAUAAAACAGUUAAGGGGGUUGAUCUCAUUCAGUCCUCCUGGAUGCAUAGUUCCAAGUGUGAAAAUCCAAAAGGCUUCCCUUUGAAGGAGAAGCUUGUUUCUAUCACCUCCCCUUAAGGGAACCGGGACAUGCUCAAUACCCAUGAAUUUUAAAGUUGGCAAUGUAUGUCCCUUUUCAAGGAAAUGUUUAGAUAUAGGGGUAGAUGCAACACCACUCGAUAGUGCCAUUCUAAUCGUCGAUCUGUGUCCCCUCAUUCGUUGUCUCAAAUCAUUCGAAGUUUUCCCAAUAUACAUGAGGCCACAUGGGCAUAGGAUCCGAUAAACAACAUGUGUAGUUGUACAAGUAAUCCGCUGGCCUCAUGUAUAGAUGAGUAAAAGAUUUUUCAAGUAAAAGUAAAAAAACAUGUAUUCUUUUCAAUUUUUCAUCAAAUUUUUUAAUUUUUUUUAAAUUAAAAUACAUGAGAUUAUAUAAAUAAUGGUAUGUAAAGAAAGCCCCUUUUGUCCUGAAAAAAACCAAUAUAUAAUUUGUAUGGGAACAGUAAAUGAGAGAGCGGAAAAUUACAGCCAAACACAAACACCACAAAAGUGUAAAUAUGCCUGGUCGCAAAUGUACAACAUCGCAAAAACAGUCCAGUCCUUAAGGGGUUAAUACUGUGAAUUUCUAAAAAAAAAAAUUAUUUAUGUAUUGAUUAUUUUUUACACAUGAUAUAUUUUCUGAUAUUUACGUUUUUUUUUUAUAAUUCUUUAUUUUUGUUGUGCAUGAUAAGGACAGAGCAUGUCACCAUAUACACUGUUUGGAACAUCAAUAGUGUAGUUUAACAAGAUUAAGUGUAUAGUAAAAGUCAGCACAUUUUUAGUUAUGAAAAAUAGAAACAAGAAUAGUAUAGUGCAUAGUAGGUAUUUAUUUAUUAUUAUUGCCAUUUAUAUAGCGCCAACAGAUAGAAACAUAGAAACAUAGAAACAUAGAAUGUGACGGCAGAUAAGAACCAUUCGGCCCAUCUAGUCUGCCCAAUUUUCUAAAUACUUUCAUUAUCUUAUAGUUAGGAUAGCCUUAUGCCUAUCCCACGCAUGCUUAAACUCCUUUACUGUGUUAACCUCUACCACUUCAGCUGGAAGGCUAUUCCAUGCAUCCACUACUACCCUCUCAGUAAAGUAAUACUUCCUGAUAUUAUUUUUAAACCUUUGUCCCUCUAAUUUAAGACUAUGUCCUCUUGUUGUGGUAGUUUUUCUUCUUUUUAAAUAUAGUCUCCUCCUUUACUGUGUUGAUUCCCUUUAUAUAUUUAAAUGUUUCUAUCAUAUCCCCCCUGUCUCGUCUUUCCUCCAAGCUAUACAUGUUAAGAUCCUUUAACCUUUCCUGGUAAGUUUUAUCCCGCAAUCCAUGAACCAGUUUAGUAGCCAUUCUCUGAACCCUCUCUAAGGUAUCAAUAUCCUUCUGAAGAUACGGUCUCCAGUACUGUGUACAAUACUCCAAGUGAGGUCUCACCAGUGUUCUGUACAAUGGCAUGAGCACUUCCCUCUUUCUACUGCUAAUACCUCUCCCUAUACAACCAAGCAUUCUGCUAGCAUUUCCUGCUGCUCUAUUACAUUGUCUGCCUACCUUUAAGUCAUCAGAAAUAAUCACCCCUAAAUCCCUUUCCUCAUAUGUUGAGGUUAGGACUCUAUCAAAUAUUCUGUACUCUGCCCUUGGGUUUUUACGUCCAAGAUGCAUUAUCUUGCACUUAUCCACAUUAAAUGUCAGUUGCCACAAUUCUGACCAUUUUUCUAGUUUACCUAAAUCAUUUGUCAUUUGGCUUAUCCCUCCUGGAACAUCAACCCUGUUACAUAUCUUAGUAUCAUCAGCAAAAAGACAUACCUUACCAUCAAGACCUUCUGCAAUAUCACUAAUAAAAAUAUUAAAGAGAAUGGGUCCAAGUACAGAUCCCUGAGGUACCCCACUGGUGACAAGUCCAAGCUUCGAAUAUAUUCCAUUAACUACAACCCUCUGUUGCCUGUCACUCAGCCACUGCCUUACCCAUUCAACAAUAUUGGAAUCCAAACUUAAAGAUUGCAGUUUAUUGAUAAGCCUUCUAUGUGCAACAGUGUCAAAAGCCUUACUGAAAUCUAGGUAAGCAAUGUCUACUGCACCACCCUGAGCUAUAAUUUUAGUUACCCAAUCAAAAAAAUCAAUAAGAUUAGUUUGGCAUGAUCUCCCAGAAGUAAACCCAUGUUGUCUCUGAUCUUGAAAUCCAUUUGCACUGUGAAUGCUUAAAGUAAAGAGAAGAAAGCCCUAGGAGCCCCCCAGGUACAUUAGGUACAUUAGGUACAUUAUAUUCUAGAAAUGUAAACGUAAUCCAAAAGAACAGUAUAUUAAUUUUCAUCUCAGUGAGCAUGCAGACGGUGCCCGAGAUGUUAUGAGCUAACUCAGAAGUCAGUCCAUCCCUUGUUGGGGAAGCACAGAGACUGGCCUCGGGAGUCCCGGUAUGAGGCACUGAAGUCCACCUGGUGGAAGGUAGAAGGCAAAAUCCAAAGAAGUACACCAAACCCUCAGUAGUGGUGUUUAUUCCCAGUGUGGGGUUGAGUACAGGUUCACUGGGAGUGCCCCGUCCCCGAUAUUUCCAUUUUUUUUUCAAAACAUGAUUUUCAAAGUUUAUCCAACAAUGUGAAAUAAUUUGAACAGCUAAUGAAAAAUAUUAAGGUCUGACCGAGGGUAGUAAAUACAAGUGCAUACAUUUCUGGCUGUACUAUGUAUAUUAGAUGCCAUCACUUUUGUUACUGCUGUACUUUAUCUUUGUUAAUUUCUUUUAUAUGUAUUUGCUGCAGACUUUCAUUAAAGUUUUUCCGCACUGGAGAUAUGAAUGGACUUACAUUAAGGUAUGAUUUUUUUUUUUUUUAACAAAUCUAUGUUUAAUAAUUUCUAAUUGUGAAAAUGCACAAGAUAACAUUAUAUUUGUGGAAGCUGUAUACACUACACUGUCUUUGCUGAGGGUCAGUGCAAAGAAUAGUGCUCAUCUAAGCAAAGUUGACCUUAUAUGCCCUUUGACAUAAAAAGCAAUUUAAAACAAAAUGUGUUUACCUUUAAUAGUUACAUAGUUACUAGGUUUAAAAAAAGACUCAAGUCCAUCAAGUUCAACCCUGAAUCCCAUUAUUAUGUUGAUCCCAAAGAAAGCAAAGACCCCAAUUGUAGCCAUUUUCAAAAAUGCCACAAAAAUGGAAAAAAAUCCUUCUUGACUCCGUUAAGGCAAUCAGAUUUCUGCUUGAACCAACAAUCAGUCUACACACAUAUCAAUUAUAUCCUUGAAUAUUCUCUUUAUGCAAAAAAAAGCAUCCAAACCUUUUUUAAAUGUAUCUAUAGAAUCUGAUAACACAACCUCUUUAGGCAUUGAUUUCUACAUCUUUAUUGUUCUUACUGUAAAGAACCGUUUGUUCUACUGUGAGCGAAAAUGCCUUUCUUCCUGUCUCACAGGGUGACCUCUUGUCUGUUAUAUAUUCCUGCUAAUAAACAUAUUAGCACAUAGUAGUUUGUACUGACCCUGUAUAUUUUUCUAUAGUGCUAUCACAUCCCCUCUGAGGCACCUUUUUUUAAAGAAAACAAAUCCAGUUUUUCAUUUCCUCAUAACGUAUGUUUUCCAACCCCUUUACUAGCUUUGUAGUUCUGAAAUAUUAUUCUUUAAAACUGAGGCCCACAAUUACACCCCAUAUUCAAGAUGGGGCAUUUACCAUUGAUUUGUAAAGAGGCAAAAUUAUAUUUUGAUCACAUAAAUCCAAACCUCUUUUACACACGAAAACAUGUUACUAGCUGUUGUAACGGCCAACUGGUAUUGCAUUCAUUUACCGAGUUUGUGAUCUAUAAUUGUUCCUUUCAUUUAAUGUUCUCCCUAACUCUACCCUGGAGGGUGGGACAAGACCUCAAAACAGUGCCUGUCUCACCUGAUAUGAGACUGUUAGGAAUUGUUUGAUACUAUUCAAGGAUUUCAGUGUCACGCGUAGGUGGUCUGUAUCGAAGCGGUCGCAUGUGAUCAGUGUGACCGCGCUGAUACUUCAGAGAUAAUUAAAUCCCUGAUUGGCGCAGCCGCACAUGAGCAGGGAGGUCGCGCCAAAAAAGGGAAUUAUAACCUGGAUCGCGACGGAGUGCUUUUUCAAAAAGACAAGUCCCGGCUGGAGCGGCAUUCUAAGGGAUGCCGGCUACUGCGGUUCCGUUCUUAAGGUUAAAGGGCGCACCGCCCAUAUUAAAGAUGGCGUUGGCGUGCUUGUGAUGUCAUGUUAUCGACGCACAAGCACAUUUUGGGGUCACUGAGAGGCAUAUUUAAACACUGUUAGGCCUUUUCUCAGUGCACCGUCAUGGUUUCCACUUGUUGAUUGUCAGAGAGCAUGUUCUUGGUUAUAUUUUCAAUUUCUUGGCUUUGUCUUGUUUUUGACUUUCCUUACUUCAGGUAUCCUGGCUCUUGGCUAGUUUAUUCGUAUUGUCUCAUUCUAUAUCCCCGACAUUGGCUUGUAAUUUUGACCAUUCUCUUUUACGUUAAGUGCGUCCAUUCUAAGGUCCAGUAUACGUUGUUUGUGUUGAUAUAGUUUUGCGUAUUGGGUCACACAGUAAUCAUGACAUUCAGGAAUUUAAGCAUUUGUUUUAAUUGUUGUUGGGGCUAUAUACACAUUAUAUAGAAGCAUGAAGGAACAUUACAUAACAUUAAAACAAUAUAAUAACAGUAGCACAUUUUUGUAUUCAUGGUCGAAUCAUAAACGCAUGUUUCUAUAAAUGUUUAUCAUAUAUUGUAAAAUACAUACUUUUUCUUUUCUUUAUUUUUUUUUCCAGGUUUCUUUUAAUAAAAAGCUAUUACAAACUCUCUGUUCAAAACUGGUUCAGACUACAAAGCAUCCAGAUUCUUGUCAAUGAAUCCGUGCAAGAAACGUUCAAUGCUACGAGAAUCUUUGCUCCCACCAGCUAUUCCUACCACUGUGACCUUGUCAGCUCUCUGCAGAAAUACGAGGGGCUCUUACUACGUAACUCUGCAAAUGGCAGCUCAAGGUUGUGGGAUGUCACAUUCCUGGACUUUCAGGUAAUAAAAAGUAAAUAUACAUUAUGCCAACACAUCACAAAAAAUUAUUUUACCCAGAGUGCAAGGGUACAGCAAAACUAAAUGGAGGAAUAAAAGCGAGAGGCCCUUUAAAGCAUUAUGUACUUCCUAGUUGUGUAAGCUUAAAGCCAGAGGGCUUUUAGAUUAAUGAUGUCAGAAAUGUAAAAUAUUUAAGCUUCAGUUUCGACUCAAAGCUGUUACAUUAACUUGAUACACUGAGUGUUCUUGCUGGGACUGAAUUCCUCAAUCUAAUAACACUAUGUUGCUAUAAGCUCUUGUUACUGUUAUGAAUUUUUUAUAUAUUUUAAUUUGUUCUGUGUCAUGACUAAAACAAGGCAUUUUAUAAUUUAGUAGUAAUUUAAACUACAUAUCAGUAGUGGUUAUGGUGCAAAGAGUUUCAGAAUGCCGUCCCUCAGUUUUCUGCCAAACUGUAUGGUAGUGGGUUGAAAAAAAUUGGCUCUUUUUGGCACCCAGAGAUAGCCCCUUUAUUGGUCACAUUAAGGUUUCAUUCAAAUUUUAAUUGCAUGGAAAAGGGCAAGAAUUACUUUGAACGUUCUUCAAAUCUCUUGAAGGAACAUUCUUGAAUUGUAAAUUGUAUAUCUUGUGUAUAAAUUAAACCUUUUUUUUUUUUUAAGCUUUCAGCAUUAGCUUUACUUAUUCAUACACACAGAAAAGUAAUUACCAUGCUCACUAUUUUUCAACACAGAAAAAAAACAUUUAACAAAAUACUUAAUUAGCAACUAUUGGGCUUUAAAAAAUAAAAAAAAAUAAAAAAUUGUUUAGAUUUAGUUUGUAUGCAGUGAACAUAUAGCAGGUGCACCCUUAAAGCAAACCCCAUUCACUAGUUUUCCGAUCUGUUGACUAUAACAUACCCAUAUUGUCUUUUUAUUUUCUUUUUUCCCAUAAGUUUUCUCAUGAGAUUAUUUCGUCAUGUGUAUGCUUUUUCCUCUGAGUAAUAAUCUAAUUGCUAUUCAACACUAAAAAAGGAAUAAAAGUAACUUCUACAACAGUGUUAGUGAGUAACCUAUAUGCACAGAGAAUAGUUUAGAAUCCCACCAAGAGGGCACCAGUUAGCUAUUUUUUUUUUGCAUGAAUGAUAUUAGAAUUAGAAUGAAAAUUUUUUUUUGGUCUUAUAAAAGCAAGGCUCGCUCUGUUUAUGUGCCAUGUAGACAGAUUAACAGAGAAGUAGAAAUAGAAAGAUUAUGAGAUCUGCACCUUAGGGUGGCCUUUUAUGUUGUUAAUACAGUUAUUUUAUAAAAUUUAGCAAUGACUCCCUGGAGAAACCACAUUGUUGCAUUUAUACAUACAGUUGUGCUAAAAAAUUUUCAUACCCUCUGAGAAUUUGUAAUAUAUGUACUAUUUUUAAAGAAAACAUGAGUGAUCAGGCCUCAUUGAAAAAACUAAAUUUCCCCCCACAUCGUGCAGUGACUACGGAUAUUAUGAGGACCUAUCUUUGCAAGAAAUGGUAAGUUCCUCAGCUCAUUGCAAAGUUCAGCCAAUGCUACGCUGGGGAAACACAAAGUCUAGCCAUGAGAGUCCCAGUGUCGGGCCCAGCAGCCCACUAUAGUAAAGACUUGCAGUGGAAUGACAAGAGUAGGCUAGGCCUAGUGAGGUUCGUAGGGUUCUACCUGGGGGUUACAGGACUGGUGUGGAAUACAGACACGCCAGGAACCUCAAUUUGGGUCAUGUUGGGAAGCUGAACUUAGAUGAAAUUGGUAGUUUCUAGCUUUGGGGCCUAGCUGCAUCCGGGCUCGACCGUGUAGGUUUGCAUGCAGGUGGGAGAUGUCGCCUUCUCCGAUGCCAUUUUUGAGCUCCCUUCAUUCGGAAGACUGUGAGUUUAUGACUGGAGUGUAUAGGUGAUGCCAUGGGCCACGGUGACCCACCUCGGGCUCCUUAUUACAAAAAACACUCGGGUAAUGUUACAGGAGGUUCACCCUGGUACCUCUAACUCGGGUAGUGCACCCUGGUGUGAACACAAGCUUAAUAUUGGUGAGUAUUUUUGAUAAAUUGGCAAGUAGAGCAGGAGCCCAGCUAAUAUGUAUCUGCUCAGUUUGCAGGUCAAGCUCUGCCCCCAAAACAAAAGUAAUUUAACUCCUAAAUUUCAGAGAAUUGAGCAGUGAGACUGCAGGGGCACGAUCUAUACACCGGAACUGCUUCACUAAGCUAAAGUUGUUUUGAUGCCAAUACUGUUCCUUGAACUAACACUAAAAACAUCUCCCACCAAGCAACACUGCCAAACUUAUACUAAGAAUUCCAUGAUAAUUAAUUAAAUCAGCAAAUUGACAUAGCAAUCGAUAACACAGUCUGAGACAUUUUAAGAUUAUGAUCGCAUUGAAAACACCCACAAAAUAUUGUCUAACAGUAAGAAAACAUUAUUGAUUGGAUGCCAACACUUGAUUUCAAUCUAUCCCUAUAGAUUUAAAGUAGAUUCCUUUAAACUGAUUAUAGUUUAGACUCGAGUCAGUGAGAUGCGUGUUAUAGUGGAGAAAAAUCAUACAUUUGAAGGUGUCAUCGCUAUCUGGUGUGCUCCAGCGCAGGACAUUGUAACCAGGCUUCCUGAAAUGCCAAGAAGCUAGACAUGUGCAUUCUGUUUCAAACAAAUUGAAAUUCGUCUGAAUUUUAAAGGAUCGGCACGUCACCCAAAUUCCAUAAAUCCAAAGCUCCAUAUGGACAUUACACAAAAAUGAAAUUUUAUAAACCAGGUAUCAGCUGACCCAAAUGCUUAUCAUACAUAACAAAAUGCCCAAAACUGCAAAUAAUGACCAAAUGUAGACAGAAUUUGAAGGGUAAAAUAACAUUCCAUUCAGUUAACUGAAUUCAGACCAAAAUUAACCUCAUUAAAAGUGUGCAAAUGUUAACCGAUCAAUGUACGGCAAAAUAUAUAUAAAUACAUAUAAAUAUUAUGUGUAUAUAUUGCAGUACAGUUAAUCUCAUUAUUUUUUUUUUUUGCAUGAAUGAUAUUAGAAUGAGUGAAUUAAAAAAUGUUUUUGGUCUUAUAAAAGCAAGGCUCGCUCUGUUUAUGUGCCAUGUAGACAGAUUAACAGGGUGGCCUUUUAAGUUGUUAAUACAGUUAUUUUAUAAAAUUUAGCAAUGACUCCCUGGAGAAACCACAUUGUUGCAUUUAUACAUACAGUUGUGCUAAAAAGUUUUCAUACCCUCGGAGAAUUUGUAAUAUAUGUACUAUUUUUAAAGAAAACAUGAGUGAUCAGGCCAAACACAUUUCUUUUAUUUCUUGUUGUAUUCAUAUUCAGCUGUAGGAUAUAACAGAAUGGCACAAUGAUAAAACAAAACAUGGCAACAAAGAAUAAAAUGAAAUGACCCCUGUUCAAAAGUCUGCAUACCCUUAGUUCUUAAUACUGUGUAUUGCUCCCUUUAGCAUCAAUGAUGACGUGCAGUCUUUUGUAAUAGUUGUCUAUGAGGAAUCUAAUUCUACAGGUGGUAUAGUUGCCAAUAAGUCUUGGCAAAAUGCCUCCAGGUCAUACAAAGUCUUUGGUCAUCUUGCAUGAACCCCAUGUUUGAAAUCUCUACCAAGUGGCUUGAUGAUAUUAAGGUCAGGGGACUGUGAUGGCCACUCCAGAACCUUCACCUUUUUCUGCUAUGAAAACUGGAGUCAACUUGGCCUUGUGCUUAAGGUCAUUGUCAUGCUGGAAAGUCCAAGAGCGUCCCAUACACAGCCUUCGUGCAGAAGAAUGCAAAUUGUCUGCCAGCAUUUUCUGAUAACAGGGUGCAUUCAUCUUGCUAUCAAUUUUCACAAUAUUCCCUGUGUCUUAGAGCUCACCUCUCACCCAAAAAAACCCCAUCAGUGAGCCACCACCACGCUUCACAGUGGGGAUAGUAUUCUUUUCACUAUAGGCGUUGUUGACCCCCUCUCCAAACAUAGUACUUAUGGUUGUGACCAUAAAGCUCUAUUUUGGCCGCAUCACUCAAAAUUACAGUGUGCCAGAAGCUGUGAGGUGUAUCAAGGUGUUAUCGGCAUAUUGUAACCGGGCUUUUUGUGGCAUUGCUGCAGUAGAGGCUUCUCGACCAUGUAGCUCAUUUUCAAGUAUCGUCGUAUUGUGCUCCUUGAAACAAGCACACCGUCUUUUUCCAGAGCAGCCUGUGUUUCUCCUGAGGUUACAUGUGGGAUUUUCUUUGCAUUCCGAACAAUUCUUCUGGCAGUUGUGGCUAAAAUCUUUCUAUCCUUCAAUAAAAUACUUUUUUUUUUGUAUGAUGAGUCAUAUUUUCAAAAUCAAUGACAACAUGUCAAUUUCUGUCAAGGUAUGCCAGCUUUUGAACACUACUGUAAAUGAAUGCAAUGUUAAUGCAUUAUGGCCUCAAUUAAAUACUUUUGGAUAAACCUUUAACAUGAUUUAAUAUUUUGAAAAAUACUUUAGUAUUUUAAUAUAUUUGAUAUAUGUUUAUAUAUAAUAUUUUUGAUAUUUGAAUAUUUACAAUUUUUUUUUAAUCCAUACUGUUAUAUCAUUUGAAAUAUUAAAUAAAUAUUAAAAAUAUUAAAUCAAUGCCAACAUAUCAUCUGAAUUUCAGCGAUGUUCAUAUUCCAUUUUUAUCCCCUGCUUAUUCCACAUCCCCCAAUAAUUAACUGUUUACGAAUAAUGUAAUGAAUAUAGGAAAAAAAACAUUUACGACAAAAGGUCACGAUUUACUCUUGAGAUAAGUUCUCUAGAGUUGAAUAUAUAACACUGUGUCAUUCUGUUACAGAUACAAGGAUUUACCAUUGAAGAUGGACAGUUUGCAUUUGCCAAAGAUUGUAGGACCUAUUUUUCUCCCGCCAUUUUGAUGGGUCUUGUGAUGUCCCUUAUCUUACUGCUUGUUUUGGCCUAUGCCCUCCACAUGCUCAUCCAUCUGAAGUCCGUCGACAGACAGUAUCAAAGGAAACCGUCCACUGUCUAUUUCCCCAAAACAAAUGACAAUUUACUGGAAGAUGAGAGAGAGCCUCUCAGAGGGAAUCUACAGGAUUUCUAUGAACUGCAACAGCAUGAAUAUUGUAAACUUCACAUGCAGCAGUGUACAUCUGUUCCCUAUUAACACUACAAUUGGCCAUUGUUCCCUCUGUGUAUUUAUGUUAUUUUGAUUUCGGAUCAAGCACAGUUUCCAAGAAAUUACUCCCCAGAUAAAGUAAUAUAAAAUAAACUCUUAUGCAACACAGUACCUUUGGAACCGAAGACCCUGCUACAAUGUUUUGAGACGGUAAAGAUUAUAAGCUAAAAAAAAAUAUAUAAAUGCAUAUAUUAUUUAAUAAAUUAUUCCCCAAAAAUUAUACAUUGCCCAUGGCGUAAAAUAUAAAUAAAAUAAAGCUAAAU